AUGAUUCAGCUGGUGAUUCCGGUGUUGGCGUUUCUCGCCCUGACGAGCGCCUCACCUGCACCUCUUCCGGCCGUGACACCUUCGCCGACCGACAACAAUCCUACGCAGACGUACCAGCGCCGCGGCAUCAUCAGCAACGUUGAAAGCGACAUCAACUCGGUGCUCAGCAGCCUGGGCUCAAAUAUCCCCUCCUACGUCGCCGAUGGCGUUGCCAAUUUCUUUCAGGAUUUCCCGUCGGGCUCCGCUGUUCAGAGCUCUCUGGGCCUGAAUGACCAGCAAGUGGCAGCGCUUCCCACAAAUGUUUUGAACCUCCCUCCGUAUGGUAAUUGGACGGACCAAGGCUGGAACGUCCGGUUUCAUGGCAAUGUCUACAAACAACCUAAUACGAGCGAAGCCGAGUUGAAUAAGCUGGCCAAUGUCUUUCUGAUCGGCACCUCGGUGGAAGACCUUCCCCCGUCGCAAGCUGACCAGGCGCGCAACUUGACGGCAGAGAUCUUUGUUGUUCAACAAGGAAACCAGAGCGUGUCGAUGCAUCUCGAGCCCGCGCCAUCGGCGGGGUCGAGCGGUCAAGAAGGCGGCGGAGGCGCCGUGACGCCCAGCGGUGGUGAUCAGAAUGUGACCCUCCCGUAUCGCACGACGGGCGAAGGAGACUUUGACGCGUUUGUCCCGAUCAAGAAUGUAACUGGAGGCGGAGUUGCGGCUGGCAACGAGACAAAUGACAUUCAGCGGAUGAAUGUGUAUGCCACGGGAUCCGAGAUUGGCAACGCAACUGCAUACCUCGUUCCGCCAGAGGGGCUCACAAUCGUCAGCGAUAUUGAUGAUAUCCUUCGGAUAACCAAAAUCUACGAGCCCAAGGAGGGCUUGCUCAAUUCGUUUGCGCGGCCCUACACGCCGUGGCUCAACAUGCCUGACAUUUAUGCCAAUUGGUCUCGCAGCAUCCCCAACUUUCAUUUCCACUACCUCACCACGACCCCAGAACAGGUCACGCGCAACUACAUGGACUUUAUCUACAAGACCUAUCCUGGCGGAUCCUUUGACACUCGGCCUCUCAACUUUAGUGAUGUCAGCGCCACCUUGUCCAUUCGAAAAUACCUCCUCAUCAAAAUCUUUGAGACUUUUCCUCAGCGAAAAUUCAUUUUGAUAGCGGAUACAAGCAACAGCGAUGUCAUGACGGAUUAUCCAGAGAUGGCCACCCUUUUCCCUAACCAGCUCCAAUGCAUCUUUCUCCGCAACACAUCGUCAACUGACUCGGGUGACCGCUUCCCAUACAACACCAAGGGGUUCAAGGAUCUCAAUCAAGAACGAUACAUGUUCUUUAACGUUCCGGACGACCUGACAAACCUCGACAUUGUAAACGGCCAAUGCUACAACCAAAGCAUCCGGCAAAACCUCACCUUUGGCGACCAGGGUCUGCCUUUUGGAAUCAACUUGGGCAAAGGAAACAAGACCAGUCAUGACAUGUCGUCUAGGCGUUGGAAUGGCCGUGACCUCCCCCGCUUUUGUUUCACGUAG